AUGAUACGAAGAAGACGAUUCAAGUUUCAACUGGGAUUCGCAGCUCUUUUAGUGCUCUGCUUUUUCAGUUGGCUCCGAGAGGCAAUCAGUGAGACUACAGAAAAACCUAUCGAAGUAGUUGAAGAGGUCUUAGGUACGUAUAGCCUGUGUAUAGAGGCCCCCCCUCCCCUCCCUCAGGAAAAAUCGGGAGAGGAGACGUCGUUUCCUCUCCCGAUGUUUCCUGAGGGAGGUGGGACGUCUGUACACAGGCUAAGGUACGUACAGAAUAUCACCACAACUAAGAAUGACAUGUGCGUUCUGUUAUUGUUGGGUAAGGUAGUUUAGUGGGACAUUUGAUCUUAUAAGUCUCACAAGCGGGAUUAUACCCGUGAACUCCCGGUUAGGAACUGGCGCCUUUUCGCCAUUGGCUAGCUUUGGACUAAUCAAUUAAAUGAUAUAUUCGGAUCUCACAUUUAACAUUUCAUUUCGCAUUUCUCUUUCCAUUCCAAAUUUCUUGUUUCAUUUCACAUUUCAUUUCACGUUUUAUCCUACUGGGCCCAGUUGUUCGAAGGCCGAUUAGCGCUUAACCCAAGGUUAAAUUUAACCCGGGUUACCUUUUCUUGUGUUCAAAAGCAUUUUCUCAGUCGAUAAUUUUGUCUCUUAUUUUUAGACCUUCCAAUCAUCAACUUGUAGACAAAAAGAAUUAAAACUGAAAUGCUUUUGAAGCUUUCAAAUCUCAAUUCAUAUCUCGCACUAACCCUGGGUUAUCUUAACCCAGCUUUGAACAACUCGGCCCUGGUGUACAUUAAUAUUAAAAUAGAGGGAAAAAAUUGCAGCUCUGGAUGUCCUCUUGUUGUAGUAAGGAAAAAUACAGCUCUUUUACUAAUUAGUAAAAUCCAUCUAGUGGUCUGUUAUCAAUGCUGCGUUCUGAUUGGUUGAGCUAUUACUAGGCUAUAUGUUAUAGUCCACUAGUAGCGAAAAGCGGUGACUUUGAAAACCAAAACAAUGGCGGCUGAAUCGCGUUUUGCUAGCUAAAGUUGUUUUGUCUCGAUAUUUUUGACCAACUAGUUGGAUUUUACUAAAACAAUUAUUCCUCUCUCCCUCAUGGCCUCUGAGUCAAUAGCCCAUUCGGCCUUCUGUUUCAUUUCAGAUGGAUCAUUCACGGGAAGACGUCCUCUCGUUCACGUGACAAACGAUCCCGGAAAUUGCAGCCCACCAUCAAUUGAAGAAUUUCCUAGUGAUUUGUUCAACCAGCGUGAAAGGCGACUUGGUGCAGUCGUUAUUCAUUUUCUGGUUGUAUGUUACACAUCCUGGGCCAUAGCUAUUGUCUGCGAUGAUUAUUUCGUUCCUUGCUUGGAGAUUAUUUCUGAUAAGAUGAAACUUCAAUCUGAUGUGGCCGGUGCUACUUUCAUGGCUUUUGGUCAUUCAGCUCCCGAACUAUUCGCCUCAAUCAUUGGUGAGUUGUAAGAUUACGCUUUUGAUGCACGAUAUUUACUAUUAGGGAUUCACAAAUGCCAAGUGCAUAAACAGGCCUAAACUCGUUCCCGGGGUUUUCUCGGCGUCCAACAUUGCGGCCUGUUUUCCACCACCCACUCGGUAGAUAAAGCGCUGGGAACGAGAUUGCUGUAGAAACUAGGAGAUAUAGUCCGAGCUAGAAGUGCAAAAAGCCAAAAGGCAGCUAAGGAAGUAUUUAGGCAGAUAUGGACCGCCGAGUAGACAAGCAUGCAACUACGGAUUAUUCACAAAUUUCCAAAUAAGCUCAAAUAUUAUGCACAUUCGUUGUAGAGAACCCAGGAAACUCGCGCAGUUUUGAUAACGAAUGGAAGUUUUUGCAAGUGUGACUCUACACCUUAGUAAAGAUUUAAUGACAAAUUCCUGCUUUCUAAUGAUAGGUGUCUUCAUCACAGAAGGGGACAUUGGGAUCGGCAACAUCUUAGGCUCAGCGGUAUUCAACGUGCUGUUCGUUAUUGGAUUAUGUGGCGUAGGGGCUGGAACGGUAAGAACAUGACCAGGAGAGGAAAACCACGUGAUUUACAGCGUUUUCACGGAUGGAACUAUUUCAAGACUGGCUCCGGUUCCAUUGAUUAACUAUUGACCCCUAAGGAACUAAUCAAUUAUGCAAGCCUUCUGAUUGGCUGGGAAGGAUCUUGCGUCAGUCUAAAAACGUGCUCAGUCCGUGAAUUCGUGUAGAAUUUGAAUCUUCUGCUCUUGUAAAUAUUUUCUUUGCAAGAUUUUAUUCACAAAUAACCGUAAACACUGCCCGCCUCGACCAGCUUUUGCUAACUGCGGGCAUAUCCAAGAAAUGCUUCUUAUUUUCUAAUUUUCUAUUAAGAUAGAAAUUAAAAAUAAAAAAUAAAAUAAAUUCAAAUUCGCUGUAACAUAAAUCUUUGGAGGCAGUACCCUCCGGCUCACGGACUCCUGACAUGACCUUAUCCGUCAUCAGACCUCUUUAACUUUUUUUCCCCAAACUAGACCACGUGAGGGUGUUUAUGUCAUGCACGUGUGUAUGCUUGCACGCUUUUUUGAAAUAUCACGCGUUCUGAAUGGAGAAAACAAAACGAACAAGCUGCAGCUGUGUAUUUUUAGAUUGGGUUUCUAGGCAGGGUAGAGUGAACACUACAGACAGGAUUGCAAUGUUAAAAUGUAUAUCACUGCUUACUGGUUUACCAACAAAGAAAUUGCUGAUUUAAUGAGCCCAUUCUUAGAAGUGUCCAGGAGCCAAGAGCAGACGAAGCAAAAGGCUAGUUUGUUCUUGAUGUUCUUAUUUUAGAAGGGAAGGGGGUGGGGCUAUUAUGACGUCACAUAAAAGCGUUAACAACGCUGCAUGUGCAUCACGUUUUGUCACCUUCGUCCUUCAAACAAAACGGUUUGGUUCAACCCGAGAUGUUCCAAAAAGAAAAGGCGUACUAGACUUUUAGGUGACAUAUGCUUUCAAGAGCGCAUGUUCCGAACGAAAAAUAAAUGAUCAUAAUGUAGAGAUUUGAAGGAGCAACUUCAAGUAAGCAAUUUCGUCGUUAACUUUCUUCGUCUAACUUGUGUGAUGUGUCCAUGAUAGGUUUUGUAUUUAGCAUGGUGGCCUCUCGUCAGAGACAAUAUGUUCUAUCUCUUCAGUCUUGUCAUUCUCAUCUUGGUGCUUAUAGAUAGCAUUGUAACCUGGUGAGUGUUUUAACUUCAUGUAACAUUUAUUUUUAGUCCCUUUGGCUACUAAGGGUUGGCGCAGUGGUGAGGGCAGUCGCUUUCCAUCAACGUUGCCUGGGUUCUAUUCUGCCCUCGACACUUGUGUGAGAUAAGUUUGUUGGUUCUCUACUCCGCUCGGAAAGCUUUGUUUUUCUCUCUUCCGAUACUCCUGUUUUUCACUCUCAAGUAAGAACCAGCAUUUGAUUUGAAUCGAUUUGUAGUCUCUUCAGUUAACCACUUGACUGGCCCGCACAGCCAAGACUUAGAUAAAGAUGGGAGACAAGUGUCAAGGAAGCUAUAUUGUUGAACCUCAACCUCUUCGGGGUUUUCCCCAGAGAGGCGGAAAAGCUCUGGGAACGAGGUUGUUGGUGUUUUUUUUCUCGGGGAAUGUCUCAUGACAAAUUUGACAAAAGCCCUAUGCUAGAAAAAUAUUGUCCAAGGAUUUGAUAUGAUGUAAUAUGUACCAGAAACUUUGCUAAUUUCUUGUAUUUCGGAGCAGGGAAAUCAUCUCGGUCAAAAAUUCGAGCAUAUUUUUUUUUAAAAAUCAUCAAUGAACAAAAUGAAAUUUAGCUAAGCUUUUUUUGGUGAUUUCUAUUUAUUUCGCAGGCCAGAGGCAUUGGCCAUGUCGUGUUCCUAUUUGAUAUAUUUAAUCAUCAUGUACUUCAAUCCCCGAAUUGAGGCCUGGCUUUAUAAAAUAACCAAUACGAACAGUCCUGAGUUUAAAUCCGAUCUACACGCUUUAAACGGCAUCAAAGCAAACAACAAUGGAUACCAAAAGAUUGCUGAUGAAGAACAGAGCCACAGCGGAGGAAAAGAGAAGAAACCACUUAACACUAAUGAACAGAAGACACCUGAAGAGAAAGGAGAUGGAAAAAAGGAAGAGAAAAAAGAAGAAGAAAGGAACGAGGACGGUGGGCAGAAACAACCACUAACGGGUAAAGUUUAUAAUGUUAUUGGGAAUCGGAAACGACCAGGAACCGUGUACUUCAAAAACAGGAACAGAAUAGAGGGUCUCUUCUUGGGGAUAGCUUUGACGGUGGAUUUUUUGUGCUUUUGAUAGUUCGAUUUUCGUGAUAAGCGGCUCAAAUAGUGAGAUCAUAAAGAUCUCGUGUUUCAGGAGUUUUUCCUCCGAAAUGCUUGCAAUAAUAUGCAUGCAGACCUCAAUUGGCGUCACAAAGUGUCCCCUUACACUUUGAGUCCAUUUCAACAUCACUUAUAGCAAGAAAUACUGACAAUAACCAUCAUAAAGUGUCUUCCUAACUAAAAUAAAAAACAGCUAUCCCACUCCUUACUUAAAACAACCUUAAAUCAAACAUUUAUUUAUUUAUUGCAGAUUCACUCCACUACAUUACAAGCAAAUAAUGAAAUGAAAUAAGCUAACACUACUAUAAGAAAAAAAAAAAAGUUGUGGAGAAGGAGACAACCAAAAGCGUCAAUGCGCUAUACUAGGGAUGCCCCUACUAAUUAAAAUAUAAGAAAAAUAUAUGCAAAUAGAAAUAUAAAUGUUCUUGUUAUCCUUAAUAAAGCUUAAAACAUUUUUUUUCUAAGUUGCAAUACUGUUUGAUUCUCUAAUAUGAUUGGGUAAACCAUUCCAUUCAUUUACAAUACGGUUAAAAAAACUAUAUUUAAAACCAUCAGUUCUACUAAAAUUUGGAACAAGGUCCUGUGUGUAAUUUUUCCUCAAGUUGUAACCUGUAUUUCUGUCCUUACAAAAUAUGAUCUUAUUUGAAAUGUCAAUAUCAAUGUCCAUUAAUUACAUUACAAAAAUGUAACAUCUCUAGUGAACCUGCAAUUAGAUAAUGACAACAAUUUUAGCUUAGAUAGUCUAGUAUCAUAAUCACCAUCAGACCUAGUGAUCCAUCUGGUAGCUCAUCGCUGAACAGCCUCCAAUUUAUCAAUGUUACGUUUAGUAUGAGGGUUCCAAGUUUCGCAUGAAUAUUCUAAUAAAGGUCUCACAAGACUACAAUAAAGUGUGUUCAUGGUGUCAAUAUCCUUUAAGUCCCUACAAGUCCUCUUAACCAACCCUAAAACCCUAUUAGCCUUAGCAGUUAUUUUAUCUACGUGUUGUGUCCAUGAAAGAUUACUAGCAGUAAAUAAUCCAAAAUCUUUAUACACAUUAACACUUUCCAAAGGUUGACCUUCAAUAUUAUACUUCCCAACUAAGGGUAACUUUUUCCUGGUUAUUCGCAUGAUCUUAUAUUUCUUGGUAUUAAUUCUCAUCUUAUUCAUCUUACACCAAUCUGAAAUUUUAUCUAUGUCACUUUGAAAAGUAGACAGAUCUCCUUGAGCACUAAUAACCCUAUAGAUUUUACUGUCAUCAGCAUACAAAGCAAUUGAACUGUCCUUACUAAUUACCCCCGGUAAAUCGUUGAUGUAGGCUGUGAAGAAUAAUGGUCCCAACAAAGAACCUUGUGGGACACCAGAGGUUACGGUUAACCAGUCACUACAACACGCUGUUGACGUUCUGUUAAAUAAUCUCUACACCAGUUUAGCAAGUCUCCAUGGACACCAUAUUUGUAAAGUUUGGUUAAUAGAUAAACGUAAUUGUUAUGAGGUGGUUUGCGCGUGGACUUAGUAGGACACUUUGUGGCGUCAACACCGAGUGUACAUCCAUUUAUUUGAAAAAAGUCGAUGACCACAACACGGGGCUGAUGUGACGUGUGUCUACCUUGUUUUCAGUCUUUUUUCGAUCUUUUUUAUUUACUUGGGUUUCUUCCUAAAGUGUAGUCUUCGUUCGUUCUGAUUCCCCCGGAUUUGUUUUGUAGUUUUUCCAAUAAGAGGAGUAUGUGCGUUUGGAGAAACUUAAAUUCAACGCCUUUUGUUUUUACAGGAGACGGUUUAAAACACCGACCCGUCCCAGAUCUCACGCUAGGGACGCCAUUUAAUCCUCCGGAGGGGCUGGUGGCUAGAUUUUGCUGGUUCCUUGGCCUUCCAAUCAACAUAGCGUAUUUUUUCACCAUCCCAGAUGUGAAGAAGGAAUCUUGCCAGAAGUGGGUGGCCGUUUCUUUUAUAGUUUGUUUUGCUUGGAUUUCAGUCUGGUCUUAUACCCUCGUUUGGAUGGUUACUAUUAUUGGAUAUACAUUUGACGUCCCGGAUUCAGUCAUGGGUCUUACACUCGUCGCUUUUGGAAGCAGUGUACCGGAUUGUUCGUCAAGUCUGUUCAUCGCACGAAAAGGUAAGCUAUGCUAUCAUUCCAGUUGCAAUUGAAAAAUAACAUAAAACAUACUGUACUACAAUGGCAACAACACUUUCGCAUAAAUGUCACGUAGAUCGCAGAACUCAUCUCGAGAGAUUUUAUUUACGUCCUACACGACCAUAUCAGUAGAAGAUAAAAACCUUCAACCAGAACGCAAGACAUGUGCAGUGUAGACGUUUGUUGGAGUACGUGCCUUUUCUUAAGUUUGUUUCGCCACCAUACAGGCAGAGGCUGAAGAGAAAGAGAAAUAUUUACCAAGGGAGCUGGCGAAAGGCGAUGGGAGUGGGUGAGAGUAUUUUCUCUCGCUUUGCCCAAUAUCCGCUAUCCUCAAAUACAUCAGGACAACGCGUUAAACAAUAAAAAAAUUGUACGAUAUCUGGCGUCGCUUGAAAAUAUUUUGUUUCAUAAUGUUUUCAAACUGCACGCAAAAGAAGCAUCCACAUUCAUUUACCCAUUACCCCCCCCCCUCUCUGGGUUUUUAUAUAUCUCUAAUUGCAGCUAUUGAAUCUGGGAGAAACCUGAUUGGGAAAUGAUACGAAUUUAGUCGAAAUUCCCAAUGAUCAGAGCUGACUUUGUAACAGAGGUUCGUCAGUUAAUUGCGAACCACGUGGGGGAUUGCAAGGGGGAGGGACAUAAAUGUCCUCUUUUACCUUUUACCUCCAUUCCGAAAGUUCCGAAAGUUACCCCAGUCCAAAAGUUCUGAUUUUCUUUUUUGUUCUCUCUCAGGUGACGGCGACAUGGCCGUGUCAAACAACGUGGGAAGUAACACAUUUGAUGUUCUUCUGUGUCUGGGUGUCCCAUGGCUUAUUAAGGCAGCUGCGUGGAAUGCACCUAUUGAGGUCAGCAGUCGUGGACUAUUUGUGUCGUGUUUUUUCAUCGUGGUAUCUGUGGCUAUUGCCUUUUUUGUCCUUUAUUUGAACAACUGGGUCUUGAACCAAAAAGUUGGGUGUAUCUUUCUAGUUAUCUAUUUCAUUUUUCUGGGGACAUCAGUGUCCAUGGAAAUGUACGUAUUCGGCAGGUUUCGACUGCCAAUGUGCAGCAUCGAAGUUUGA